AUGCCCGUCUAUCCCAUCCGCCGCCGCCCACGCGAGUGUAAAACCUGCCUGGCCUGUCGUGCGAGUAAAGUCCGCUGCGAUCGCAACGUCCCUUGCAGCAAUUGCGUCAAGCGCAACUUCACCUGCUCCUAUAGUCGCCUGUCGUCCGCCAAACCCGCCCUCUCCUCCGCGUCGGCCACCGAGUCCUCAACGCCCUCGCAGCCUUUCUCAUUCAGCACUCCAUACCAAUCAACCCGAGAGCAACCUCGACCACCACCACCAUCGCGUCGCUAUGACCCGUAUACGGAGUCCUCUGCCGGACCCGUCACCGGCGAAGUGGUGGAUAUCUCGCAGACGGAGUGGGACGAGAUCAAUACCAAGAUGGUCGCCAUGGAACAGCUCCUCGGCAGCCUGCAGUCGCUGUUUAAUGCACACCCCGCGAAGAACAGCCACCGGGCAUCAGAGGUGGAGACACGCGAAUCCACUCGCUCCGAGAGCGUUUAUGGUUCCGGCGCGCUGAAAAGCGGCACUGUUCAUUUUGGGUCCCGCUCCGCGCUCGUUGAUAUCCUGGAUAAAUCGAAGCUCUCGGAGGAUACGGCCCAGGCGCUGCCGCAGGAUGAAUUGCUGACCGAGCUCGUGCUUGGGAAUGAGUCGACAGCAUACCCGUUUGUAGACCUGUGGUCUUCAGACCCGUUUACUUUUAAUAUUGCUGGGGUGUGCGCCAUCCUUCCAGACGAUGAACAGUGUCGUCGAUUCCUCGGGUUCUACAAAGACAUCGGCGCCGUCUUGUAUCCCGUGUUGCCUGACCUGUUUGAACUGGAGCGUAACACCAAUCGCCUGCUCGAGGGUCGAAGGAGGGAGGGAGGUGUGUAUCGACCCAACAACGAGCGCCUGAUCAAGCCGUUUGGCAUGAGUCUACCUUUCCUCAGCCUGCUGUUCGCCGUGCUUGCCGCGGGAUGCCAGUUGUCGGACCUUUCGGGUCGGGAUCGUGAAUUGACCUCGUGGAUAUAUGUUUCCUGUGCAUACCAAUGUCUGCGCAUGUUGAACUAUGUCUCACGACCGUCAGUAGAGGUCAUCCAGACUCUGCUCAUUAUUGGAAACGUACUGUCGUACAAUAUGAAUGCAGGGGCUUCGUACACCAUGCUCGGUAUGACGGAGCGCUUGUGUAUGGUCUUGGGGCUGCAUGUCGAGUCGCCAGGGUAUUCGUUCGCCGAACAGGCGAUUCGAAGACGUCUCUGGUGGGCGAUGGCGUUCCAGAACAGCCAUUUCUCUCUAGCAUAUGACCGGCCAUCUAUCACAAUGGUCAGCCAGCCUGAGAUCCCGUUCGAUCCCAAAUCGAUGCCGGGACAUCGGACGUACUUCGAGACACUCUGUCAAAUUGUGUCCCUGGCAUUGGAAAUCUUGCGGUCCCGUAUGCAUCCGGAACCAUCGCAUUCACCGUUUCACGAAAUCCGAGAGUACAAACAACGUAUUCAAAGGAUACUUGCCGAAGUAUCGCCGCACCUGCGGUAUCGAGAGCAAUGUCGUACAUUGCGUGAGCAUAUCGAGCGUACCCAGUUGCGACUGCACUCCUCGUAUCUCCUUUCGGUACUGUGCCGAGUAUCCUUGAAUCCCCAUGCCCAUCUUGAUGACCAGCGGCGGUCGAUCAUUCGUGAUGAUUGUAUCAGCAAUUUGAUGGACACGAUUGACGCCUUCGUGGAGCUCCACGAGAUUAACUCGCAUUGCUCCCGAUCAUAUAUCAGUCUACAGAGAAGCAUCGCUUCAGCAUUCCUUCUCGUCGCCAAUGACGAUAGCCCACAAACAUGGGAGCUUAUCGAUCGGCUUGAGACAGUGCUAGCAGACCAUGUAUAUGCCGAUGGCCACGAAGACCAUAAUAGCCGUACAGACUCUGUGAAGCAUCUAGCUUCGUCACUUCGUGCUCUGCGGGAAAUUCGCGACGCAUGCCGUGAGCCCAAAUCGGCACUACCAGCAGAUACAUCGACCUCCUCAUUGAUGGGUUUCCCAUCUCCUCCGUUGGUAGAUGCUGCGUCAGAUAUGCUGCCGCCUGCUGCUCCAGGAGGCCCUGUUGCAUUGCCGAUGGAAGACGGAGAUAUGCGUCAUAUCCUGGGUCGGGUCCCCGACGUUAUGCUGUUCCCCAGCAUGAGCGGGAUCAGUCCACCUGUUUGA